GGGGGCAUCUUUGGCUGCAGCCGAUUUGUCUGAGGCAAGAAGGGGUUAUUCAACCUUUCAAAAGAACGACAGUUACAAGCUUAAGACUGCGUUACCCUCCGGCUGUUCCUUCACCCGCACCGCGAGCGGCGUUCCCUCCUCGCGGCCCCCGGGCGGGUCGGCAGAGCGGCCCCGGCCCGCCUGGUGCUCCGCCGGGGCAGGGCGCGGGCUGCCGCGCAGCGAGCAGCAGAACGACCCGAGCCCACCAGGUCCGGGUGGGCCGCGGCGAACGACAUGCACGCACCCGAACGUAUUUGGCUCCUCUACGACCUUCAUCUUGCCCGCCACGGCGAGGAGACCUGCCGAGCAGAGAACGGUUAGCGGGCAGAGGUGGGGCGGAUGAGCCAACCGGCGAGCCGCCCGCGCCCUCACCCAGCGCCGCGCCCACCACCGCCCGCAGCAGUCGGGCAGCCGCCAUCGUCGCCUCCGCCGGAAACGGAAGCGCGCGCCGCCGCCGCCGCCGAGCGGCCGCUCCGCCCAGCCGCGGAAGAAUGAGGCGAGGCAGGCGUUCGCCGCGGCCCGCUGGUGCCUCUGCCCCGCCAAGGGGCGGGCGGCGCGGCACUCGCAGCCUCGACACCUUCGCUGCGGAAGCGGAGGUCGCGCUGAGAGCUUGCCUGGAGGGAGAGCGAGGGGCUGAGGGGGAGACCCGGGAGGCGAAGUUCCCGUGCCCGCUUGCCAUGUGGGAGCUUGGACACUGCGAUCCCAAGAAAUGCACCGGGAGGAAAUUGGCCCGAAAAGGGUUGCUCCGAACCCUGCGCGUCAGCCAGAGAUUCCCAGGCCUCGUCCUCAGCCCUCUAGCUACCGUAUAUGUUUCUCCAGCCGACAGGCAUGUGAUUGCUCAGAAUGGAAUUGCAGUCAUAGAUUGCUCAUGGGCUAAAUUAGAAGAAACUCCCUUUAAGAGAAUGAGAGGAAGUCAUCUACGGCUGCUGCCUUACCUGGUGGCUGCAAAUCCUGUAAACUAUGGCCGGCCAUGCAAGCUAUCUUGUGUGGAAGCUUUUGCUGCAGCUUUUUGCAUUGCUGGAUUUCCAGACCUAGCCACCCUUCUUCUAAGGAAAUUUAAAUGGGGGAAGGCAUUUAUUGACUUGAACAAAAAUCUCUUGGAAAAAUAUGCAGCUUGUCAUUGCCAGGAAGAAGUGCUCGGGGUUGAAAAGGAUUUUUUAACCAGUGUCCAAGAAACAAGAGAAGAAGAAAUAGAUCCAUUUGAUGUUGACUCAGGAAAAGAAUUUUCUAAUCCCAAUAGACCAAUCAGUUCCCCAGGAAUAGAAGAAAGUAAUGAAGAAUCUGAGGACGACAGUGUGAGCACUCCAGAUGAUGUCAGUGAGAGCAGUAAUGAGAGCAGUCCUGAAGAAGAUGGUACUGGAAAGUUUCUGCAACUGUAGCCAAUAAAACUAUUUGAAAAGUUUAUAUA